AGCAGCAGCUCAGUCUGUGCUUGUGACGUUUCGUCUGCGACCUACUGACAGCCACAAGCCUUCAAACAUUAGGAAGACUGUGGAGAAGCAAAGUCGAAGCUCCCCGCAGGUUUCAGUCAGCGUUGGUCUGAGUUCUGGAAAAGAGAUUAGAUUGACUGAGGAGGGCGUGACAAGCGCGCAGGCAAACUGCACCCGCGAGGAGAGGAAGAGCAGGCGAUGCACCAGCCAAAGCCAGAGGUCAAGAAAAAAAGCGAAAGGGUGGUGAAAAGGUAGAGACGAGGAGGGGUCAUUUUUGAUCAGGCAAACAAAGACGAAAUAGCAGCAUCUCUUCGUUGUUGUGUGGGAACUCGUGCGAGGACGAUGUAAAGACGAGCAGAAGGGAGGAACCUGCACGAAAGGCAAGAAAAUGGUUUCAGAGAUGGUGUGCAGGAGGAGCUGCAGGCAGACUGACCAGGAGAAGCCACACAGGGAGGCUGCCAGCCGCAGGAGGCACGGAUGGUCCAAGAGCUGCAGGGGGCGCUCGCAGGGGCGUAGGACAGGAGGGGCUGGGUGGACCAAAGGAAGGAGCCACCACUACCACCAACACCAUCAUCAUCAUCAUCAUCACCACCCCCUCCAGAGACAGGUGAUGUCACUGCGGCCUGUUAAUGUCAAAGGAAACAGAGCAAGAGGAAUGCGAGCCCCCAAGAACACCAAUCAGUUCCUGAUGCACGAAAAGUACCAGAUGCUACACAUGAGGUCCGACUCGGUGGGCAGCGACAGCUCCAUCAGCUCCGACAGCGACUCGGAGCUCACUGACAUGGACUCGUAUUUGGGUAUCCUUGAGAAUGCAAGAGGAGCCCUUCUGGACACUCUUGAUCCAAACGGCUCAACAGCGCCACCCGGGCAAGUCCUCGUUCUGGACCACCUGCAGCUUCACGAGGACAGCAUGCAGUACUUCCCAUCAGAGGACGACCUGAUGCAGAGCCAGAACUUCAUGCAGAGGGACUUCAUCCAGUUCUGUGACAUCCUGACACCCUGAAGGGAAACUUCACUUCUUCUCAUCAGACUUGUCAGGUGACAGAAAAUGUUUCACAGGACAUACUGCCAACGAUUGCUUUUGUCAAGCGAACAACACAAGAAACUGUGAGGCUCCUUUCUUUUGUGCGUGUGACUGGUAUGAGUUCAACUCAGCACGGUGUGCUUUUCCGUUUAUACUGUUGCAAACAAAGAAAGGGCUGGUUAGUGGGAGUGAGUACAGUUGUCCAAUAAGCACUGAGCUGGAUAGUACUUUGAAUACUAUUAGUCAACUCAAGCUGUCAGUUGCUGAACGGCUUUUUUUUUUUUCAAAAAUAAAAAGAUGAAUUGUAAAAUACUUGUGUGUUUUGC